AUGAAUAAAGAAAUUGCUCUCGCGGUGAUCGUCGGCACCGUGCUCGCCAUCACUCUUCCCCGCGCCUACAAUGACUAUCGCACGUUUCUUUCUUACGGCCCGGGCGGCCCGCCAUACAAUCCACUCGGCUGGGUAGCAAGCAGGCUCAUCCUGCAACCCUUUGCGAAGGAAGUCUUUUCAACGACCGUGUACGAACGUAAGAUCCUCGCUGGAGAGACGGCGAGCUUCUUAUCCGAUGACGCUGUCGCCGCGAGGAAACGGGAUCGACCGGUCAUCGGCCCGCACGUUGUACCCAAUCGACAGCUGACCGACUGGGCUGGGGAUGACAUUAAAGAGAAAUUGAUCCAACGAUUCAACGACCUCGCGGCCCGAAACCCUCACCUAGUCGAGCUCAAGAAGUCAAACCUGGAAAUGCAUGAUGAGGCGAUUUUUCUCGCUGAUGGGCUGGAGAAUGCUGCACCGGUAGCUGCUCAGGUGCAGGGCGAGACUGCGCACAUCCAUCGCAUGAAAGAUUCGUCGUUACAUGUGAUUUUAUCUCCCGCAGACUGUAAAAAGCUCUUCGAGGCUGGCUGGGCCCAGCGUAACGGUUUAUCGGGCGCUCAUGUCCCGGGUAUAUUGACGGCCGGAAAGCCUCUCUCUCUGCCCGCAGAAUAUGUCUUGAUCUACGCUCCUCGCACCAACGAGGAAGUGGACUUUGUCAUUGAAAUUGUCGCCGCGAGUGUGAAGUAUAUGGCGGGGGUGGAAAAGAUCGUCGAGUGA